UCUCUGGGUGAUCGGUCCUUCCCUCUUUAGCGAAUCCCUCCCCGCCUCCAUCCUAGGCCUCAGGGGAGACCAGCCCUUGCGCGCUGCAACCUGAAGAAUGGAGCUUGACAGCGCUCGGGAAGCCCCGUCCCGGGAAGGCUCCUCCUUGCCUGGAGAGUCGUCUCCCUCCGCCCUUGGGCAGGACUUCUCCAAGAUCCUGCACCGUCUUACUGGCCAGGAGGCACGGCGGGGCAACAACGCAAGCGGUGUACCUCUUAAAGACCUCGGUGCUCUCGUAGAAGCCACAGAGUGUGAGAGAUUAUUUGAGGGGACUGGCGCCCCGCCCCGCGGAAUGUGCGAGAUCCUAGGGCAGGUGGCGGGAGCUCUGGAGAAGUAUGCUGCCCCACCCAAGGAGGAGGAAGGUAGAGGUGAUGGUCACCCUGCAGUGGCCGAGAAAGCAGCAGAAGUUGGGGUACUGUUUCUUAAGCUGCUGGAGAAAGUGGAGGCUGCCAAGAGUUCUGGGGUCUGUCCUGCAUGGAAGACAGGCUUGCGUCACUUGGCAGGACCCAUCUAUAUUUUUUCCAUCACACACAGCUUGGAGCAACCAUGGACCAGCCCGAGAUCUCAGGACGUUGCUAGAGAGGUGCUCAGGUUACUGCUUCAGGUUACUGAAUGUGGUUCUGUGGCAGGAUUCCUACGCGGAGAAAAUGAAGAUGAGAAAGGGAGAUUUGCUUUGAUACUGGGGCUUCUCAAACCUGAUUUGAAUAAGGAAUCCUGGAAGCAUAAUCCUGCCAUCAAACAUGUUUUCUCAUGGACUCUGCAACAUGUCACUCGACCCUGGCUGAACCAACAUCUGGAAAGGAUACUUCCUCCAUCAUUACUCAUUUCAGAUGAUUAUCAGACUGAGAACAAAAUCCUGGGUGUUCAGUGCCUUCAUCACAUUGUACUUAAUGUGCCAGCUGCUGAUUUGCUCCAGUGUAAUAGAGCCCAAGUCAUAUACCAUGCCAUUUUCAACCACCUGUAUACACCAGAGCAUCACCUCAUUCAGGCUGUGCUCCUGUGCCUGCUGGAUUUGUUUCCUGUCCUAGAGAAAGCCCUGCACUGGAAGGGAAAUAGGGCUCGACCCACCACACACUGUGAUGAGGUCCUGCAGCUGAUCCUGACCCACAUGGAGUCAGAGCACCGCCUUCUUCUGCGCAGGACCUAUGCAAGAAACCUACCGGCUUUUGUGGAGAGGUUGGGGAUCCUAACCGUCCGACACUUGAGGAGGCUGGAGCGCGUCAUCAUUGGUUAUCUAGAGGUUUAUGAUGGACCAGAGGAGGAGGCUAGACUGAAGAUACUGGAAACCCUAAAACUUCUCAUGCAGCAUACAUGGCCCAGAAUUUCCUGCAGACUUGUGGUCUUAUUGAAGGUUCUCUUGAAACUGAUAUGUGAUGUAGCAAGGGAUCCAAACCUUACACCUGAGCCUGUUAAGAGUGCCCUGCUACAAGAAGCCACAGACUGCCUGAUUCUUCUGGAUCACUGCUCUCAAGGACAGGUGAAGGGUCUCCUGUCCAAAAUUCUCCAAAGUUGUGAAGAUAGCAAGGUGGUGACCUGUAUCAGAAAAGUCCAGCAGGCUUCUGAAGAUGCUCCCUCCGAUGGAACCUAAGAUUUGCAUUACUUUCCCAAGAGAAAAGGAUUUUCUUUCCCAGAUUGUAUGAAUGGAGUUAUUUAAUGGAGUUAUUUAAGGGAAAAGGUAUUUUUACA